AAUUUUGUUUCUUUCUACCACUAUCUCUCUUUCCUUCCUCGUUAGAUCAGGUUAAAAAAAAUCUCACAAAGACAAAAAAAUUGAAACAAAUUUUUAUUUUCACGGAUUGAUUUUUUUUAAAAAAAUCAAUCAUGAGCACUGGAGAUCUUCUUAAUAUUCACCCAAUAGAGCUUAAAUUCCCAUUUGAAUUGAAGAAGCAGAGUUCAUGUUCUAUGCAAUUAACUAACAAGUCAGAUAAAUAUGUGGCUUUUAAGGUUAAAACAACCAAUCCGAGGAAAUACUGCGUUCGUCCCAACACCGGCAUUGUCAUGCCCGGAUCCACUUGCAGCGUUACAGUUACCAUGCAAGCUCAAAAAGAGGCACCAUCAGAUAUGCAAUGCAAGGACAAGUUCCUACUUCAGAGUGUUGUUGUCCCUGAUGGUACAACUACAAAAGGGAUAACUUCUGAAAUGUUUAAUAAGGAGGGUGAUAAGGUUGUGGAGGAGUUCAAAUUGAGGGUUGUAUAUAUCCCUGCAAAUCCUCCCUCUCCUGUCCCAGAAGAGUCUGAUGAAGGAUCUUCUCCCCCUAGGCCUUCUGUGCUUGAGAAUGGUAACCAGGAUAGUUCAUUACUUGAUGCUGUAUCCAGAACUUUGGAGGAACCUAAAGAGAAAUCUUUUGAGACAUGGUCUCUGAUUUCAAGGUUGACCGAGGAGAAAACUUCUGCCCUGCAGCAAAAUCAGAAGCUUCAGCAUGAACUGGAACUGAUGAGAAAACAAAUUAGCAAAAAACAUGCCGGGGGUUUCUCUUUAUUGGUUGUAUUUCUGGUUGGUUUGUUUGGCAUCUUGGUUGGCUAUAUCUUCAAGUGAACACAAGGACAUCCAAGUGACUGAGAUUAGUUUGGGUUGCCAACAGAGUGUGCAGCCUUCCCAAAGGUUUUGAAACUUUGUAGUGACUUCCUUACGUAGUUUGUAAAAUCAUAGUCUGAUGCAUUGUUGGUACUUUUGAUUAUUGAUUUGUCAAAUGUUUGAGCAAGAACUUAGUUGAUUUAGGUGGUGGUUAGACUGUCUAAUAGCCUGUUUAAAUUAAGAUAUCUUGUGAAUGGGUUGAUUUGUAGUCUAAUUAGUGACUGCCCUUUCUCUUGCAAUGAAUGGAUUGAUUUUUCUUACCGAA